AUGGAGCAAAUAAUAAAGGCGGCAGGACGCAACAUGCGCCCGCUGUUGGCUCCUAUGUCGCUGUUCUGGGGCAAGAAAUUGUUCUCCACUAGCUUUGCUGCUUCGAAUGCCGUUUCUGACAAGAAAGAUCAACAAAUGGAAAUAAAGAGAAAACUUAAACGAGCUCAACUUGUCAAAGCAAGGAAUAAACAGGCUCCAGAAGUGCAUCCGUUGUACAUGGAGGUUCCUACAGCUAUGAAGUACUUGAGAGCAGCAGAAGUGGGAAAUCCUGCUCCCAGAACCACCGUUAGUGUUCAAAUUACAGUCAUACCUGACAAGGGUUCAAAGCCUAUUAGUGGGUCUGUAUUUUUCCCCAAACCUAUAAAGGAUAAUUCGGUAAUGGUUUUUAGUUUGGAUGAACAAGUUAUUGAAGAAGCUAAAAAAUUGGGUGCUAAAGCCGCCGGCGGACUUGAUUUAAUAGAGCAAAUCAAAAGCGGCAAUUUGAAACUCGACGGUUUCACUCAAUGUUAUGCCACUCCAGAUAUCGUGAAGGAUUUAAAGCCGAUAGCACGUGCUCUUGGACCCAAAGGGUUGAUGCCAACCCCAAAAAGAAACACUGUUUCUGAAAAUAUCAUACAAUUAAUCCAAGACAACUUGGGAGCUCUUCCAUUUAAGCAAAAAGAUCAACAUCUCCUGAUGCCAAUUGGACGGUGUGACUUUAGUGAUGCUGAAAUCAUCGCCAAUUUGAAGGCUGCAUCGGAAGCCGUUUACGGCGCCCAACCCCCAGGAACGAAGAAACCAAACUUGAUUGGCCAAGCGGUACUUAGUUCCACCAUGGGACCAUCAAUGGUGAUCAACUUUAAGCCAUAG